AGGCGGAGCUGGGUGAGGCGGGGCUGACUGCGGCGUCUACGAGCCGGUCUGGGCGGCCCCAGUGUUUUGGGGCCUGGGAACUGUGGGAGGAGCCGGCGGCCUCACCUUGGUAACCACAUCACUGCCCCGGCUCGGUCUUGCAGGCCUCCGCACUGUCAUCGCCUUUGGGGGCCCGGGGACUUUGGCCACCGUUUCCGGAAGUAGCUCUGCAGGCCUCUUUGAGGCACCCCCAUCCUCCCCACGCCGUCGCCGCCGCCGCCAUGCAGGGGGAGGACGCCAGAUACCUCAAAAGGAAAGUUAAAGGAGGAAAUAUUGAUGUACAUCCAUCAGAAAAAGCACUCAUUGUUCAAUAUGAAGUGGAAGCUACCAUUCUUGGAGAAAUGGGGGAUCCCAUGUUGGGAGAACGAAAAGAAUGCCAAAAAAUCAUUCGUCUUAAGAGUCUCAAUGCCAACACAGAUAUAACUUCCCUGGCACGGAAGGUGGUUGAAGAAUGUAAACUCAUUCAUCCCUCAAAACUAAAUGAGGUAGAGCAGCUGUUGUACUAUCUCCAGAACCGCCGAGAUUCCUUGUCAGGAAAGGAAAAAAAAGAAAAAACAAGCAAACCUAAAGAUCCACCUCCUUUUGAAGGAAUGGAGAUUGAUGAAGUUGCUAACAUUAAUGAUAUGGAUGAAUACAUUGAGUUAUUGUAUGAAGAUAUACCUGACAAGGUUCGGGGUUCUGCUUUGAUCCUGCAACUUGCUCGAAAUCCUGAUAACUUGGAAGAACUACUAUUAAAUGAUUUAGGUCAGCCUCUUGUUAACUCCAACUGGCAAGGCUGCUGCACAUUACUGCCACAUCUCAACAACUUUUCUCAGUUUCAUGGACUUAUCACUCACUAUAAAAUUGGAGCUUUGUGUAUGAAUAUCAUUGAUCAUGAAUUAAAAAGACAUGAGCUUUGGCAAGAAGAACUUUCUAAGAAGAAGAAAGCUGUUGAUGAAGACCCUGAAAACCAAACUUUGAGAAAAGAGUAUGAAAAAACCUUUAAAAAAUACCAGGGGCUUGUGGUAAAACAGGAACAGCUCUUACGAGUUGCUCUUUAUUUGCUUCUGAAUCUUGCUGAGGAUACACGCACAGAACUGAAGAUGAGGAAUAAGAACAUAGUUCACAUGCUGGUGAAGGCUCUUGAUCGGGACAAUUUUGAGCUGCUUAUUCUGGUUGUGUCAUUCUUGAAGAAACUCAGCAUUUUUAUGGAGAACAAAAAUGAUAUGGUGGAAAUGGAUAUUGUUGAAAAACUGGUAAAAAUGGUACCUUGUGAGCAUGAAGACCUGCUGAAUAUCACCCUCCGACUUUUAUUAAACCUGUCCUUUGACACAGGACUGAGGAAUAAGAUGGUACAAGUUGGACUGCUUCCCAAACUCACUGCACUCCUAGGCAAUGAAAACUACAAACAGAUAGCAAUGUGUGUACUUUACCACAUAAGCAUGGAUGACCGCUUUAAAUCAAUGUUCGCAUAUACUGACUGUAUACCACAGUUAAUGAAGAUGCUCUUUGAAUGUUCAGAUGAACGAAUUGACUUGGAACUGAUUUCUUUCUGCAUUAAUCUUGCUGCUAAUAAAAGGAAUGUACAGCUUAUCUGUGAAGGAAAUGGGCUAAAGAUGCUCAUGAAGAGAGCUCUGAAGUUCAAGGACCCACUGCUAAUGAAAAUGAUUAGGAACAUUUCUCAGCACGAUGGACCAACUAAAAACUUAUUUAUUGAUUAUGUUGGGGAUCUUGCAGCCCAGAUCUCUAAUGAUGAAGAGGAGGAGUUUGUGAUUGAGUGUUUGGGAACACUUGCAAACUUGACCAUUCCAGACUUAGACUGGGAAUUGGUGCUGAAGGAGUACAAGCUGGUUCCAUACCUCAAGGAUAAACUAAAACCAGGUACUGCAGAAGAUGACCUCGUUUUGGAAGUAGUGAUAAUGAUUGGAACUGUGUCUAUGGAUGACUCUUGUGCUGCAUUGCUAGCCAAGUCUGGGAUAAUCCCUGCACUCAUUGAACUGCUGAAUGCUCAACAAGAAGAUGAUGAAUUUGUGUGCCAGAUAAUUUAUGUCUUCUAUCAGAUGGUUUUCCACCAAGCCACGAGAGAUGUCAUAAUUAAAGAAACACAGGCUCCAGCAUAUCUGAUAGAUCUGAUGCAUGAUAAAAAUAAUGAAAUCCGAAAGGUCUGUGAUAAUACAUUAGAUAUUAUAGCGGAAUAUGAUGAAGAAUGGGCUAAGAAAAUUCAGAGUGAAAAGUUCCGCUGGCAUAACUCUCAGUGGCUGGAAAUGGUAGAGAGUCGUCAGAUGGAUGAGAGUGAGCAAUAUUUGUAUGGUGAUGAUCGAAUUGAGCCUUACAUCCAUGAAGGAGAUAUUCUUGAAAGACCUGACCUUUUCUACAGCUCAGAUGGGCUAAUUGCCUCUGAAGGAGCCAUAAGUCCAGAUUUCUUCAAUGAUUAUCACCUUCAAAAUGGAGAUGUGGUUGGGCAGCAUUCAUUUCCUGGCAGCCUUGGAAUGGAUGGCUUUGGCCAGCCCAUUGGCAUUCUUGGACGCCCAGCCACAGCGUAUGGAUUCCGCCCUGAUGAACCUUACUACUAUGGCUACGGAUCUCGAUAAAGUCGUCCCUUUCCAUAUGUGCUCUUAGCUUAGAAGAAACCUGUGUGGGUUGGGUUGACUUGUAAUAUUGAGCUAAUAAUGCAUGUUGAUGCUAUUGCAGGUCUGUGCUUGUUUUUUAUUGUUUCAUGUUGUUAGCUGCAGGUUAACUGCAACCCUAUGUCCCCUGUUAAGUAGAGUGAAUGCUUGACACUGUUCAUCAUCAAGCCAUAUUUUGAUGCUGGAUAACAUUUCCCUUGAGACUCAGAAGUGGAUGCUGAAAAGCAACUAGACUGGAAAACAAACACUACAUUAUGUACAUUAAGUGACUAAUUUAAUUUCUAUUAAAAAGAAACAUAAAGUACAAAUGAAUUAGAGAAAGUCAUGUGUUUCUAUUUAAUGUGUUUCAUUAGGAGUUACAUGCUUAUAUAGGGUGCAUAUGAAUUUUAUUUUUCCCUGCCUCUUUUCCCCCCUUGUAAACUCUUGAGUAUUUCAUGUGGCAUAUGCUUCCCUGAAAAUUUAUAAAAAGACGUCACCUUUUUAUUCCAUGCCAUGUGCCUGAAAGGUUGCUUCCCAGAGUAAUUAACUAUGAGUUUUCAAUUAACAAUGGAACAUAUGCCGUAUGUUGUUGUAUAUGAGUAUAGUCUCUUCAACCAUUUGCAUUCAUGUCUUUCUGAUUUUAAUAUAGAAAGUCUGGGACAUCUAUUAGUAUGCAUGAAACUAGAUUAGUAUUGGGCUUUUAAAUUUUAUGAUUUGUGAAAUUUAAAGUAUGGAAAAGCUAAUUUUCCUCUCUUGAGGAAAAUUAAGAACAAUAUUUUGCUCACUAAGAUACUUGUUUCCCAUUUGUUCACUUGUUGUUAUAAGAUAGAUUUAGGUAGUAAGAAAUGGAAAGACUUUAUAAUUAAUCAUGAGUUUUAAAAAUAGCUCAAUGUUAUAAUGCUUAAAAUUUACUUAAGCAAGUAAAAUAGCAAUAAUCUGUAGCUAUUUCCUUGAGCACUUGCUGUGGAAGGAAUUAUGUAAGGCUUUGAAGGGAAUGCAUAGAUCAAAGACAACUUCUGUCCUUGAGUUUUAGAUCUCAUUGAUCUACUGCACUAUUUAUUGUCUUGAUUUAUAUUUAAGGAACAGUAGAGCUGGAAAGAGCCUUUGAAAUAACUCAGUCUAUCUACCUAUUUGAGAAACCAAUCACAUAAAAAUGUUCAAUAUAAUCAACAGUUUUUUAAACUACUGCUUAUAUCUAAGAAUAUGAUACUUCUGAGGGAAUAUGUAACUCUGAAAUAUGAUUUGUGUCUUUGAACUUACAACCUAAUUGAUCUUUCUGAAAACUUACAUUUGUCUUAGUUUCUAUUUCAAUCAUAGAAUAUUAAAACUGGAAAAGGCCCUAAAA